AUGAAGCUUCUGAAUGCUGCUGUAUUCUUUAUUCUUGUGCCCACUUUGGUGCCAGCUUUGGACCCUCUCAGCACUUCAAUCCUGAUGGGCGGUGCUGCUGUGGCUUGGCAGCUCCUCUCCCCUCACUCCUGGCUCAAGUGCAGUCUCCUGGAGUGCUGCAAUAUGAAGAACACGCUGAACUUAUCAGUGAUAAAGGUGGAUUUGGAGUGGAAAGUCUUUGGCCAGCAUCUUGCUAUCCAGAUAGUUCUGAGAGCUCUCAGAGCAAAUAUCCACUCCAACCGGCCCCGGAAGCCCCUGGUGAUGUCCUUCCAUGGCUGGACUGGAACAGGCAAAUUGUUUGUCAGUAGUAUCAUUGCAGAGAACCUCUAUCAGCUUAAUAUACCAAGGAGGAGGUUUGUGCACCACUUCAGCGCAGUACUGCAUUUCCCGCACCUUUCACACAUCCAUCUCUAUAAGGAGCGGCUACAGAAUUGGAUUCGGGGCAAUGUCAGUGCCUGUCCAAGGUCCCUUUUUAUCUUCUCUGAAAUGGAUCAGAUGCCACAUGGCCUGAUAGACUCUAUAAUGCCAUUCCUUGGCUACCGUGAAGAGAUCGACGGUGUUUAUUAUGGCAAGGCGAUCUUCCUCUUUCUGAACAAUGCAGGCGGAGAUAAGAUAACAGAGAUCGCUCUUGAUUACUGGAGAAGGCUAAGAGAAGACAUCCCUGUGAAGAACCUUCAGUCUCUGCUCUCAGAGGAAAUUUUCAGGAACAGAAACAGUGGUUUCUUUCACAGUCAACUGAUCCAGAAGAACCUGAUCGACUACUUCAUCCCUUUCCUUCCUCUCGAAUACAAACAUGUGAGAGAGUGUGUCCGGGAGGAGCUGCGUGUGCAAGGGCAUUCCGAGGACGAAGACCUCAUUGCAGAGAUUGCCUCGGCAAUGACCGACUACCCUAGUGAAGAAAGACACUACUCCAGCAAAGGCUGCAAGACCGUAGCCUCCAGAGUGACUCUGACCACCUAG